UCGUUAUCUCUAUAUAUUUCAAUCGGCACAGUUCACACAUUGCCAACAGAGGUUAAAUUGGAUAGAUUGACUCCAGUCAUCUAGUUGUAUCUACAUGACACAAACAGUAAGCUAGUCUUUUCUCUUUCUAGGAGGGCGGCGUGAGUCCUAGACCUUUUUGAAAACAUCGACUUGUUCUGUUUUCGAUUGGUCUCUAUCUGGGCUCUGUUGUUUUGACUGCCUGCCUGUUUGGACCGUUUCCUGAUCUGGGAAGCUAGCUAGUUAGCAAGCUAGUUACGCAGUACACUGGGGUAGCUAUCAUAACGCAUUAGCUGCAUGCCUCACGGAAAACAUUUAUAUCGUAUUUUACAGAUAAUAUGAAUGUUAAAAUUUGUAAUGACCUUAGAUUGUUAAUAGUUAUUCAUAUUUGUACAUUAAUUGUAGGUAGCGAGUAACUUGCCGUAGCCGUCUAUAUUUUUGCUAGCAAGCUAGCUGUCCAGCUAGCCUUGACGGGUACGCCUAUGAUGUCAAAUAUCAAGAGAAAUUCAAGAAAGAAAGUGUAGAGCUGUGCAUGGCGAGCGAGGUGCAGCAGGAGUGACGGAGCGUCCAGUGUGCGCAGCCUGCUAGUAGCAGCGGCAGAGCCCCCCCCCCCCCUCCCGCCCCGUCAUGGCGUCCCGCCAGAGGAACGCCGUGUGCAUCCUGGCCAGCCGUGAGCGAGGCUCCCAGCUCUCCGGCUCCCAGCGCCUCCUACAGCAGCUGGUGGAGGAGAAGGUUCGCUGGAUGAAGUGGCAGAGUCAGAAAGUGGAGCUUCCAGACAGCCCUCGCUCGACGUUUCUCCUCGCCUUCAGCCCAGAUCGGACCUUGAUGGCCUCCACCCACGUUAAUCACAACAUCUACAUCACAGAGGUGAAGACUGGAAAGUGUCUGCAUUCCCUGGUGGGGCAUCGCCGCACACCCUGGUGUGUGACCUUUCACCCCACCAUCCCAGGGCUGCUGGCGUCCGGGUGCCUCGAUGGGGAGGUCCGCAUCUGGGACCUGCAUGGAGGCAGCGAGAGCUGGUUCACCGAGAGCAACGUGGCCAUCGCCUCCUUGGCCUUCCACCCCACCGCCCAGCUCCUCCUCAUCGCCACCAACAACGAGCUGCACUUCUGGGACUGGAGCAGACCGGAGCCCUUCGCUGUGGUGAAGACGGGGAGUGAGACGGAGAGAGUCAGGUUGGUGAGGUUUGAUCCGUUGGGGCACAAUCUCCUGACAGCGAUCGUCAAUCCCUCCAACCAGCAGAAUGAAGAUGACUCGGAGGUCCCUAUGGACAGCGUGGAGAUGCCCCACUUCCGCCAGCGCUCCUUCCUGCCCUCCCAGCCCGUACGCCGCACCCCCAUCCUCCACAACUUCCUCCACAUCCUGUCGUCUCGCUCCUCCGGGGCGCCGGCAGGCAGCGAUCUCCCCCGGCCCAACGUGGAGGCCAGCGGCGAGGGCCCCAGCGCCCCCCUUGGCCAGUACCCCUCGACCCACGAGCGUGGGCCUCCCUACCCCGGCUGCACCCAGCACCUGGGCAUGGUGUGCCUCUGCAGCCGCUGCACUGCCAACCGCAGCCCCUCCCUGGGAGAGGGCCCCCCUCCCGCCUCCUCCAGGGCCCCACCGGAGCCCCCCCAUGCCUCCACCUUCUCUUCGGCCCGGACUGAGCCCCGCCAGCCCUCAGAGAGACCCUCCGCCUUCACCUCUGUCUACUACGCCGGCGGCAGCUCCCUGCACCGUGCCGUACCCACCCCGCACCUGGCCAGCCAGCCCCUCAGCCAGCCCUCCGCUCACGAGGCCUCCGGCCGCCUGCCAGGGCCCGACUGGACGCGCAGCCUGCUCAACAUGCGCCCCGGGGCUGAGAGCGGCAUGCUGCCCCCCAGGACCAGCUCCUCCUCCGUCAGCCUGCUGUCCGUGCUGCGCCAGCAGGACGGCUCGUCCCAGUCCCCCGUCUACACGUCUGCCACGGAGGGCAGGGGCUUCCCCCCGCAGGGCCCUGAACCCACCCCCGGGGGCCCCAGCCAGAGGGGUGGUGGAGGCGCAGGCACCAGCAGCGGACAUCACCCCUUCUGGGAGGGCGCGCGCAGCAACCCCGCCUCCUUUCGCAAUGUGCUGCAGUGCAACCUGAGCCGCUACUUCAUGGAGUUCGAUCGCAUGCAGGACCUGGAGUCUCCUCUGGGGGGCACUGGCGGUGUGGAGGGCAGCCAGGAGCAGACCCAGGAGCUGCUCAACAACAACAUUGACCCCGAGAGGCCGUCGUCCUCCUCUGCCUCCUCCUCACACUACCAGCCCCCUCCUCCUCCUCCUCCUCCUCCUCCUCCUCCUCACAACUCAGAGAACCCCCCUCCCCCCAGCCCACAGACCCACUCCUCCCGGGGACACCUAAACCGCUGCCGCGCCUGCCACAACCUGCUCACCUUCAACCACGACUCCCAGCGCUGGGAGCGCACCAGCCAGGCUGCCUCCACCUCCGCCCAGGAGCCCCCCUCCUGGCAGGCCCCCGGCCCGGCCUACGACGAGGGGGGCCAAGGGCCUCGGAGGGACCCCCAGGCCCACGAGAGGAGGGCCCCGGCAGCGGAGCCGAGUGAAGUGUCCCCCGGGGGAGGCGCUGGGCCGGUGCCCUUCCCCGGGGCUUCCUCUUCCCCCCAGCCUGGGGAGCAGACAGUGGGCCUGGUGUACAACCAGGAGACAGGCCAGUGGGAGAGGGUGUACAGGCAGGCAGCUUCCGGACGCCCUGCAGACACACCGCCUGAGGCCUUAAACCAGGAAAUGCCUGUGGACAACCCAGAUGAGGACUCUCUCAGGAGGAGGCUGCUGGAGUCGUCUCUCCUUUCCCUGUCCCGCUACGACAUGGGAGGCUCCAGAGACCACCCCAUCUACCCCGACCCUGCCAGGUUGUCCCCUGCAGCCUACUAUGCUCAGAGGAUGAUCCAGUACCUGUCCAGGAGGGACAGCAUCCGCCAGCGCUCACUGCGCUACCAGCAGAACCGCCUGAGGACGCUGUCGUCCUCCUCGGACAGCCCGGCUGGCAACCCCUCCGCCGCCAUGGAGAACAGCGACGUGGACUUCGAGGAACUGGAUGACAACGGAGACCGGACAAGGCACAGAACACCUCGCAACGCCCGCAUGUCCGCUCCCUCGCUGGGACGCUUCGUUCCCAGACGGUUCCUGCUUCCUGAGUACCUGCCAUAUGCUGGAAUCUUCCAUGAGAGAGGUCAGCCUGGCCUGGCCACACACUCCUCUGUCAACAGGGUUCUAGCAGGUGCCUCCAUCGGUGAUGGCCAGUCCGCGGUCGCCAGCAACAUUGCCAACACCACCUACCGGCUGCAGUGGUGGGACUUCACCAAGUUUGACCUCCCAGAGAUCAGCAACGCCUCAGUCAACGUGCUGGUGCCAAACUGUAAGAUCUACAACGAUGCCAGCUGUGACAUCUCUGCAGACGGCCAGCUCCUGGCCGUGUUCAUCCCCAGCAGCCAGCGAGGCUUCCCUGACGAGGGCAUCCUGGCCGUCUACUCCCUGGCCCCUCACAACCUGGGCGAGAUGCUGUACACCAAGAGAUUCGGUCCCAACGCCAUCUCCGUCAGCCUUUCUCCUAUGGGCUGCUACGUCAUGGUGGGGCUGGCCUCACGCAGGAUCCUGCUGCACCCCUCCACUGACCACAUGGUGGCCCAAGUGUUCAGGCUGCAGCAGCCCCACGGAGGAGAGACUUCCAUCAGGAUGGUGUUCAAUGUAGUGUACCCCAUGGCCCCCGACCAGCGCAGACAUGUCAGCAUCAAUUCAGCCAGAUGGCUGCCAGACCCGGGCAUGGGCCUGGCCUACGGCACCAACAAAGGAGACCUGGUCAUCUGCCGGCCCGUGUUCUACCGCAGCGACGGGGAGAGCACUGCAGAACCCAGCACAGAACCCAUAUUCUCCGUCAACAACAGUGGGGGCACCAGCAGAACCCGCGGUACAGAGAGGCCAGGGCCUCCCAGCAGACCAGGCUGGAGACCGGACAGGGACAUGGGCCUGAUGAACGCCAUCGGCCUGCAGCCCCGCCACCCCGCCCCCUCCGUCACCUCCCAGGGGACCCAGACGCCGGUGGUGCAGCUGCAGAAUGCAGAGACCCAGACGGAGAGGGACCUCGCCACCCCCAGCACCUCCCACACCGCACCUGGUGAGGGGCAGUCACUGUGUUUCUGGGGCUCAGCAGAGCCGCUACAGGAAGUGGCCUCCACCAGCGCCGGGGCUGCAGGAACCCUGGAGCCACAAGGCAGCAGUGCCAUGGACGGGCCCCUGGGGGGCGGGCCCCUGGCGGACGCCAGCACCGAGGCCAGCACCUCCACCGCCCACACUGGUGACGCCCCAGAAUACGCCCCCGGGGAGGACGCCCUGGCGAGGAUCCGCCGGCUCAUCGCCGAGGGCGGCAUGACGGCGGUGGUGCAGCGCGAGCAGAGCACCACCAUGGCCUCCAUGGGCGGCUUCGGCAACAACAUCAUUGUCAGCCACCGCAUCCACCGUGGCUCCCAGACCGGCACCGGACGCGCCCCCGGCCCCUCCUCCUGCCCCCUCACCAUCACCCAGCCCCAGCCCAGCCAGACACAGACCCUCCGGCUCACACUGGAGCACCCACCCCUCACAGAGGCCCCCAUGUGGGGGCCCACCGCCCUCUCGCGGCCCCAGCCCCCAGCGCUCCUCCCAGACGGGGCCGAGCCGGGCCUGGCCAUGGGCCUGGACAACGUGUUUGAGGGAGGACGGGCGGCCGCCGCUGACCCGGCUCCCUCCUCCUCCGGACUCUUCUCCCCCUCCCCCUCCUCCAGCUCUCACGCUGCCUCCCCCUCCUCCAGCAACCGCAACAACAACAACAGCAGCCGCAGUAGUUACCCUGGCGACCCCUACAGCAGGUAGCCCUGGGUCUAGUCUCAGCCCAGGACCAGGAGAGCUUCGCUAAGAAGCAACACAGCAGGCGACAGACUGGUGAUAGCGGCCAUGCUGUCUGCGAGAGACUGGCGAGAGGCUCUGUGUUCCAACCAGAGCACCUCCUCUGCUGGUCCUACAAGCCUUAUCUCUUCAGAAUGGGGGCUUGACUGCAGAGUCUCCUCGAUGCGAGCCCCCACCCAGCCGGGAGCCUUCAGCUCUCCCUCCUCUUCUAUGUGGGUGUGCACUUUCACUGCACUUAAUGGACCUAGUUGUUUGAUCAUUCCAUGUCAGAAAGGGCUUCUACUUGAAUGGUGCCAGCGCCGAGGGCGGCCGCUGCUGAGUGUGCCGGUCUUUUCUCCGUGCAUAGGCUUGACGAAACGAAGGCUGUUCCCUGUCAAGUGCCAUGUGAGUGUCUGGGAUGAACACAGGCUCUCCAUACGGCCACAGUUGGUGCCAUGCAGAUAGAAAUGUGGUGCCAUGCAGAGAUCGGAAGAGAGAAAAAAUAAAAUCAAGAGUGAACAUUGUGUAAAUGUAAUAUGAUGAUGACUAAAAGAAGAGCUCCUACUGUGUGAAUCAUGGGGUUGUGUGUGUGACCUUUCAGUUGAAUCCACACCUCUUAGGACUUUCUACCGCUGUUGUGGACUCUCCUCUCAUGACCUUGGGGUGCACAGCGCCUUGUGGGAGACGGACUGUCUGACCCCGGGGUGCUUCCUGUUCCAGCUACUACAGACAGUCACGCUGGUGGAUGUAAUGUUACAUGACCUAUCAAUCAUUUCUGACUUUAUUGAUGAUGAACCGUGCUGUUGUUUCACUGCAUGUUUUCAGUAAUGCUGCGCUUGAUGACAUGGAACGUCACAGGACAGACAUGCCUGGUGACAUGCCUGGUGACAUGUGACAUGCCUGGUGACAUGUGACAUGCCUGGUGACAUGUGACAUGCCUGGUGACAUGUGACAUGCCUGGUGACAUGUGACAUGUGACAUGUGGACACAUGUAGAAAUAAAGGAGCGAUCCAGCCAGCUGUUGAGGCUUUAAGGAAGGCGGAGGGGGUCCCUGAGGCCUGGCCUCAGGGACCCCCUCCCCAUACCCGG